UUCAUGGCUUGGAUGAAGAGUGCAGCUGAGUCAUUUCCCUGCCCAUUGGCUGCAGCUGGCAGUGGGAUGAAACAAAGGACCCACUUAAGCUGGAAGCUGAAUGAAACAGAGCCAGAAAUCAAAAUAGGAACUGAGAUCCCAACCAAGGAGCUGGGAGCAGCCUCAGGUUUAAGGCUCAGAACCACAGAUUGCCCUGGGAAGGAGGAAACCACAGACUCCACAUCCCCUGCACCACACCAGUGGUGUGCCUGAACUUCUCUUUGGUUCCGUCCAGCUGUGCAAACUGGGAGCUGAGAUCACGUUUAUUGGGAAAAUAACGAGAAUGACAAGGAUAGUAACGGCAACAAUAAAUAAACAAAUAAAUAAAACGAUCAAAUGCCACUUUCGAUAACGAUAGUAACGGUAAUACUAACAGUAACCAGUUCACAAAUACAUCAAUAAACAAAUGCAACUUCUAUGCGUGACCUCAGAGCGCCGGCAGACAGGACGAACCCGUAAGCAGCUUCGAGGCGGAGUUUGGCGACCGCCGGAGCGAUCGGCCCAGCUCUGCAAAGCGGCUGCAGCUCCGUUCCGCGCCCCGCGCUGCGCUCCGCUCCGCUGCGCGAUGUUGGCGCUGCUGGCGCUGCUGGCGGCCGCGCUGCUGGCGCUGCUCGGUGCGCGGCGGGCGGCUGCUCCCGGUGCCUGGGUCCCGCUGAAGCGCUGGGCCUUGGGAGGGAUUUUGCUCCUCUACGGCGCCUGGAAGCAGCGGGCUGCAUGCGGAGGGGCAGCGGAGCCCCGGAGGCCGCGUCUGCUCAGUCCAGACCCCCACGCACUUGAUUCAGUUUAUUUCACGGGCUUUGCAGAGACCAACAAGAGCUUUGUGAUUGCUCGUCUUGCCAAGCGUCCCAAUGGCAUCUGUGAGAUGUGGCUCUUCCUGAGGGUGGAUGGAGUAGGAGAGUUUGAACACCCACAGCACCCAAACAUGAUGGUGAAUGAUGAAUCUGAAGAAAUUUGGAGUGGAGGAGGGCUCACUAUUGAAUACUUAGAGCUCCAAGCACUCUGGAAAAUAAGCUUCAAUGGACUCCUCAGAAAAGGACCUUACCGACAGCAGUGGAGUGAAGAAGAGGGAGAACUUGUACCGGUUAAAUUCUCUCUUCAUUGGGAGAACUCUACAGAAGUGUUCAGCUUCCGUGAUGACAGUCAUCCCAGUACAUUUGUUCGUGCUUUUGCCCAGGAACCAUGGACCAUCGAUUUCUUCCAAAGGGUUAAAAAACAAAGGGAACAACAUUUCCGACAUGAGCAGUGGGGCCAGUCUGUUGGAGAAAUCGAAAUAAAAAAUCAUGAGAAAAUCAAACUUUCCCUCAAAGGUGUUCGGAGCCACUCUUAUGGUGUCCGGAACUGGUCUGACAUCUACCGUUAUGUCAUGAUUUUGGCACGUUUUGAGGAUGGGACUGCAGCACAUUUAACAGUUAUAAACAUGCCUGCUACCACAACCAACCUCACUGUAGGUUAUGUCUUUUUCCCUGAUGGGAAGAAGGCUGGGAUUGAGUGGUCCAACGCCUCGCUGGCUGAGAUGGCUGAUGAUGGUGUAAUCAAGGAUGAGUACAGAGUCAGUUUUACCGCUGGUGGCAAGCACUUUGAUGUUUCUGCAAGGCUGGACAAGCAAGCUUGCCCCGUGGUGUACAGCGGCCUGACUGGAAGAGGUGUUUUCCAUGAGUGCAUUGCAGAUUUCCAACUGGAUGGGUUAACACGAGGCUGGGGCUUGGCUGAAUUUUAUUACAGGGAUGAAGCUGCCCAGAGGGUUCCCAAUUUGCAGCUUGGUUCCAACACUGAAGGCCCAGACCUUUCUUCCCAGCACCUUGUGAGCAAUGGCUCUCUUCUGUGAGCACCUGCAGGCUCGUCCCAGUGGUGUUAGCAGGCAGCAGCUUUCCAGAAACGUUAUUUCCAGCAAAAUGCACAAUUCUGAGGGUGAGACACGUUGUCACAGGAUGGAGGUCAGUGAUAUAAAGGGAUUUGCAGAGAAACAAGGAACAUUUUUAGUAUUUCUAACCUUGGUACCUGGAGGUGAUUGAGAAGAAAUCUCUGCAUGACUGAUUGAAAAGGCUUUUGGUAUUUUUCCUGACUUAUCAUUUGCUCUCCAAUGCGAACAGCAGGGCACAGGGCUACAUGGAUCUCUGACCCACAUAGCAGUUCCUCUGCUCUUUCAGCUUUGUUUUUGAAAUAAAAGCUCUAUCUGUCUGAACUCUGGUUGGUGUGGUCAUGAAAGCAUGGGCAUAAGCUGCUACAGGAAACUAUGUUGUUUGAUAGUCUUUAACUGUAUGAGAAGUCAAACUGGAAGAAAUAGGAAGAAACACAUCUGAAUGAGGUGUCCUCUAGGAAUAGCAUUUACAUAUAGGCUAAUUAAAUACGUGACACAAACACAUUUUUUGAUUGUGUGUAGGGAAUGCAGAGUCUGGUAGUUCAGUUUCAAUGAUAAUCUGAAUAUCUCAUCAUUCACUUGAGCUUAGAUGCCAUAUUCAUCACAGAAUGCAGGAUAGUCACCAAUAGUUGCUGGUCCAUGUAACCUACAGUCCAUUCUCUGCCUAGUUAUAUCUUGCCAUUACAUACUGCAA